AUGGAGGGCCGGUGUACGGCCGAUCAUAGUGCGUGGGCAACAGAGGGUGGGAAUAGGCAUUUGGAGGUGCAAGUAACAAAACAGGGGUGCACAAGGUGGAUUACAGAGGAGGCGUUGCUCAAAUCGUCGAACGUGGGGGAAAACGACGACGUGGAGAAGACCGGGUUCAUUGGGAAGGAGCAGAAGGAGACUUUGCUGUACUUUGAUCGGCUUACAACGAUCAAGUCCGGGUCGUGGGACCUAAGGCCGGUGGUGAUGAGGCUGGUGACGGACACGUCGGACAAAGGGCUCCGGGAGAAAGUGCGGGGCUUGUCUCAGGGUGAGGAGGCAGCCGGAACGUACGUGCCGAUCAACAUCACGAAGUUCCGGCCGGUGUCGCGUGACGGCGGGGCGUUUGUGAAGUUCCGGGUGCCCGACACGUUAGACGUGGUGCAGUUCAACCGGGUGGUGAUGCGGAACGUGGCGGCGAAAGCGCAACGGGGACUGGCGGGCAUGCUGUUGCACCCACGGGCGUUCCCGGUGAAAGGGGUGCCGUGGAUCGAGGAUUUGGCGCGGUACCCGAGCCCGAAGCUCAAGGUGGAGUUUGCAGGGCCGGACUUGACACAGGAGAACUUGUACGCGCUUUUCCGGCGGUACGGUGCGAUUUCGGACAUUCGGCCGCCGGCGCCGGACUCGAAGGCACUGCCUCGUCACGCCGUGGUGGCCUUCCGUAAUACGCGCAGCGCAGUGGCCGCCCGCCAGUGUCUCAGCGGCAUGCGCGUGGGCGCAACCGUACUCCACAUUCAGUAUGAGCGCGUCGUGAAGGAAAAUGCGGUGGUGCAGUUCAUGAGUGCGCACACGCGCAUAAUGGUGCCGCUCAUGUUGGCGCUCGUCGCAGCGCUCACAGUCGCGAUUUUCGACCCGAUCCGCCACUUUUUCAUCACAGAGAAAAUCACAGGCGCGUACUCGCUCCAGCGCUCGGGUGCGUACCAGCGCAUGGCGCGGCUGUUCUCGUCGACAAAAGACCGCAUGUCAAAAAUGCUCUCUUUUGGCGGGGGCACGCGUCAGGACGGGGUCGAGUGGAACUCGGUUGCCGGCAUGAAGGACGAGCGCGACGGCGCGGCGCGCGGCAUGCGCGUGUGGCUUGGCGAGAACGUUAACUCGUUUAUCGUCGUUCAAGGCCCGCGCGGCACGGGUAAGCGCAGCCUCGUGCAGGAGCGCGUUCUUGCGGGGCGCGACAAUGUCCUUUACAUCGACUGCGAGGCCAUUGUCAAGUCGCGCAAGGAGAGUGAGUUUAUCCGCAGCGUUGCCGGGCAAUUGGGCUACUUCCCUGUUUUCCCGUGGCUAACUUCAUUGUCGAUGUUUACUGAUUUGGCGGUGCAAGGGUUGACGGGGCAGAAAUCGGGGCUGAGUGAGACAAAGGAGACGCAGGUGAAGAGCAUGCUUGCUUUUGCUGCGGACACGAUGCGAGAUAUUGCUUUGCGGGGGUAUUCUGCGACUGUCUCGAGCGAAGCGAGAGGCAGAAGAGAUAAGGAAGGUGAAGUAGAAGGAGAGAGUAGAAGCAAUAGUAAUAGCAAAGGUGACGCAGGUGGGCCGAACAGCAUCACAUCUCUUACCCCUCGCACCUCUACAUCCACACUUCGCACCUCGACCUCAACCUCAACAUCAACUUCCGCCCGUGUUCUCAAGGAGGAGGACUACCUUCGGCAGAACCCCGGCGCCAAGCCCGUUGUGGUUAUCGACCGGUUCCAGGCGGCGCGCAACGGGCGUGAGCAGUACGCAUUUGUGUACAAGCAGCUUGCGCAGUGGGCGGCGAGCCUUGUGGCGCUGGACAUCGCGCACGUGAUCUUCAUCACAGACGAUGUGGGCAGCGUGCAGAUGUUGGCGAGCGCGCUUCCCGGUGUGCCGCUCAAGCGCACAGUGCUCUCUGAUGCGUCGGCGGCGGCUGCGCAGAGUUAUGUAGUGGGCAAGUUAACGCAGGCGGGCAAGCAUGACCUGGCGCGGGCGCCCGAGUUGCGGCGCUACACGGCGCAGUUGGGCGGGCGAAUGCUGGACCUCCAGAUGUUUGUGAGGCGCAUCCAGAGCGGCGAUACGCCGCAUGCCGCCUACGACGGGCUCGUACGCCAGUCCGUCGAGCAGCUCACGCAGCAGCUGAUGCGUGCGGAGGGUGGUGCAGCGGGAGGCGCAACGGGGGGCCCUGCGUUCACGCAGCCGCAGGCAUGGUGCGUGAUUCAGCAGCUCGCGGCGCAAGGCCAGGUCUCUUUCACAGAGAUCCAGAAGCACCCGCUCUUCAAAGCGGACCCUUACCGCGCCUUGCAGGCGCUCGAGAGCGCAGAAAUCGUCGCGUUGCAGCGCGACAGGGGCGUCAUCCGCAAUGUGCGCGCCGCCAAGCCGCUCUACAGCGCGGCAUUCGCGCAGAUGGUCAACAACAAGGCCGUCUAUAACUCCAUGCAGUCGGACUACUUGAAGGCGCUGAUCACGCAGAUCUCCGCAAAAGUCGCCGGCUUGGAGGAUGAGGUUGCGCGCUACCGCGGCGUGGACAACAGCCGCAUUUUCCGCGUGCGCCUCGACUACUUGGCGCACAAGAUCGCCACCUUCACAGCUAUGAUUUCCGGCUGGGAGUCCGAGUUGGCAGGCUUGCGCGAUUCCGAGUAG